UUCACGCUUCACGUUAUCUGGGUAGAUCGAGCAGUUGUGGCAAGGAUCAUAGCUCACAGCAGGCUGCAGCUGAGCGGAGAGAGAGGAGCGCGCAUGAAAACGGGUCUUGGAGAGACCAGUCAUUCCCAUCACUCUCCGCCGGCCGGUCGGACCGUAGACACAUCAUAGGGUAACUGAAUGUUGCAAAAUAGAGGAUGGACUUAAAAAGAGAAGCAUAACGACUGAUAAAAAAACACCUGAGGACCGUCGCAACAGGGGAGCGUGACUGACUUCCCAUGGAGGAGUGCGCAGAGAGGGUGAGCUCCUUCUCUUUCACUUGGUACCAAGAUACAAGUUGGAUGUAUGCCGAAGAGUUGAUUUUGCGGGACUGAGUAUUUUUUAAAUUAUCCGUUCAUUUACUGGAUUUGAUUUUGGAUUAAAUUAUUUUUAAGAUGACCCAAGAUGGUGCUGCGGGUCUUGAGCUGUCCACGUCCACAGAGCGGAGCGGAGCGCACGCUGCUUUAAGAUUUAGAAAAUAAAUAAAUCAAUUGCGCCUCUGUUUCAAAGACGUCAACCCAGGGAGUGCACUGCCAGAGAUACUUUAGCUGGGCGGCCAAAAUAACUCUCGAUUGUUUCUGAAAGCUGAGCGGUGGUUUUACUGUGUCCACACAAAUGGGCACGCGAACUAAACCAAAUGGAAAAAAAUACCUCGCAUCUGGAUUACAGCCCCAUGUCAGCAUAGAAGAGCUGUGCUAUUGAUAUGUGCUUUCCUACAAGUGAUGAUUUAGAGGUUAAAUAGCCUAUGUUUCUCCCUGAUAUGAAAAGAACAGUCUAGACUUUUGAAUGCUGUUGUCAGCCUAAUUUGUGGCUCACCACUCUGGUGGAAAUGUUGGCUGGAGACUGUGCCAUAUACUAACAGGAAGCUGCAUUCAAAGAAAUGAAAAAAUAAAACACAACACUAAGUAGCCAGGGUGGAUCAUUGUCGAUACAUGCACCAAUAUAAUCACACGGACACGCCUAGAGGAUCAUUAAACAAAUCAGAUAAACGCAGAGCGAAAACCAUCAAUAGAAGUUAUUGAUGAGGUGGUAUAUAAGGCUAAUGAUUGGCCAAGCCUGUGUUUACUCAACAGCUCGGCAACAACAUGGUGUGAAACAUUCGCUUGACAGCUGAGGCACCCAGAGAGAGGAGUAAAAGUGCUUUAUGCUAUUCCAUGACUACAGUGCUGACUGGAAAGAUUACGGCAAUCAACAGCUGGAAUAUUCCUCCUCCUCUUCAAAGUAGAAUGUCUGCUGCCAGUGUUGCUGCUACAGGAAUUUUUGUGGGUCAUAUUUCAGAAGAGAUCUUUUUGAAAUAUUUAUAGCUGUUCUCGUGCAAGGAUGGUGGUUGUGACAAGAAGCCCAUGGAUGACCCAGUCUGUGGGAGAGCUGGUGCCGAGACAAUUGACCUCCCCACCAGCUACGCCGUCCGUCUAAAACUCCUCCCCAGAGAGGCACAGCUGCUGCAGGCUGGGGAUGUGAUGGGGUGACUGUUGACACCCCCCUCACCCACCCCCUAUCUCACUUUAUUAGCAGUGUAAUAUAAACAAUGGAUCAGAAUUUCUCAACGGUUCAAGAUGGCAAGCAGCUGCUACCAGAGAGAGACUCGUCCAAACGUGUGCUGACAGGAUGUUUUCUCUUCCUCCUCAUCUUCACCACGCUGCUAGGCAACACACUUGUGUGCGUUGCCGUCACCAAGUUCCGACACCUAAGGUCAAAGGUCACCAACUUUUUUGUCAUCUCGCUGGCCAUCUCCGACCUUCUGGUAGCUAUCUUGGUAAUGCCUUGGAAGGCGGCAACUGAGAUCGUCGGGUUUUGGCCGUUUGGUGCAUUCUGCAACGUAUGGGUGGCAUUUGACAUCAUGUGCUCCACUGCCUCCAUCUUGAACCUGUGUGUAAUUAGUGUAGACCGUUACUGGGCAAUCUCAAGCCCAUUCCGCUAUGAACGCAAGAUGACCCCGAAAGUGGCAUGUCUGAUGAUAAGUGUGGCGUGGACCCUGUCUGUCCUUAUCUCCUUCAUUCCUGUUCAGCUUAACUGGCACAAAGCUCAGACCACCAGCUAUGCAGAGCUAAACGGAACGUACAUUGGUGAUCUGCCCCCUGACAACUGCGACUCCAGCCUUAACAGGACCUACGCCAUCUCCUCCUCUCUUAUCAGCUUCUACAUCCCUGUGGCUAUUAUGAUCGUCACCUACACCAGGAUCUACCGCAUUGCCCAGAAACAGAUACGGAGAAUAUCUGCCUUAGAGCGGGCAGCAGAGAGUGCCAAAAACCGUCACAGCAGCAUGGGGAAUAGUUCGAGCAUAGAGAAUGAGAGCUCAUUCAAAAUGUCGUUCAAACGAGAAACCAAAGUCUUAAAGACGCUCUCAGUCAUCAUGGGAGUGUUUGUGUGCUGCUGGUUGCCCUUCUUCAUCCUUAACUGCAUGGUUCCGUUCUGUGAGCCGGACGGUGCCACAGACUUGCCCUGCAUAAGCUCCACCACCUUCGAUGUGUUUGUGUGGUUUGGCUGGGCAAACUCCUCGCUGAACCCUAUCAUCUAUGCCUUCAACGCCGACUUCCGCAAGGCCUUCUCCAUCCUGCUGGGCUGCCACCGGCUCUGCCCGGGAAGCAACGCCAUCGAGAUCGUCAGUAUUAACAACAACAUGGGCGCCCCUACCUCGAACCCCAACAAUCAGUAUCAGCCCAAGGGUCACAUUCCAAAGGAGGGCAACCAUUCAGCUAGCUAUGUGAUCCCCCACAGUAUCCUGUGUCAGGAGGACGAGUUACAGAAGAAGGAUGGAUGCGGAGGGGAGAUCGAGGUGGGCAUGGUAAACAACACCCUGGAGAAACUCUCCCCAGCUAUCUCUGGGAAUUUAGACAGCGAUACUGAGGUCACACUGGAAAAGAUCAAUCCCAUAACACAGAAUGGACAGCAUAAAACCGCGUCAUGUUAAGAAAAGGCAAAGAUGGAUUGAAGUACACCGAGGCAUGUAUGUACGCACAAAGGGAAGAAAUGCUUACACAGAAGGACAGCAAAAGUAAAAAAAAAACAGACAGAUAAGACUGUCAACAAAAAUCCACAUGGAAAUACCUACAGAAUGUUUUAAAGUAAAGGCACUUUAUCCUGGAUAUAACUAUCUGCAAAAUACUCUCAGCAUUUAUUGAUGAAAUCGACACAUUUGAUGAUACAUGUUGAUAAUGUGAAUAUUAAAGCAGAACACUAGCUAUGUGCACAUGUAUACAUUUUUUUAAAUAUUUACAAAGAUGUAUACAUUUGCAUGUGUAUACUGUACAGUACUGACACAGUCCUGGAAGGACUUAAACACAGUAUACAGUGGAGGAAGAUGUAGUAACUAUUAGCAAAAUGUCUUGUAGGUAGGUGUUUUGUAUGUGUUUCAUGCAAGAGAGAGCAAUGUGAGUAAAAUGGUCUGGGUAUAGUAUAAUUAGUUGUUUCUUGCAGUUAUUUCCCUUCAGUAAGUUUUCCAUCAUUGUAAUAUUUUAUUACAAAAUCAAACCACUUGUAAUGCGGUGGUAAUUUAUUUGAGUUAAAACUGCUUCAGAGAAGUAACAGUAUUCUGAUUUAAAUUAAAACAGGCAGGGGGCAGAAAAUGGAGUUCAAUACCGUAAGCCAAGUUGUCAUAUAGUUAUAAAUAUUUUAUUUUUACACCACCCUACCCACCCAUGUUAUCUUGCAGUAUCUCCAGAUUGGAUAACGUCACUCCUAUGGUCCACUUUCCUUCCCAUGUAUCCUAUGUUGAUCCAUCCUCAGUCAUGCCCACCUAGGACCGAUCAGACAGGCUCGGCCAAAGUUUUCUCCAUUACUUCCCCUGACUCCCUGUUUUCAUUGGUCUCCCUACUCUGCUGCUCUUCAGCAAACCCUCUCUAGGGUCCUACAGUCUUCUCUCCUUUCCAUUUCCCUGCUCCUCUUUCCUCAGUCAGCAAAAUCCCUUCCUCUCCCCCGCUGACAUUGUUUCUCCAGCGAUGUCAACCUUUUCUCUCCUCCCCACCAUUCCCUCAGUCAGCAUGAUUAUUUACACCUGCACCUUACCUUCUUUUUGUGUUUGUGUUUGUCUGUCUGACUCCUCCUCACCGUCUCCUCUGGCAGCCCUUCAUUUUAAGUCUUUACUCUCCCCACUUAAAGUGGUACUCUAGCCUAACUUAUGAUUCUAUUUUUGGCCAAUGUCAGUCCAUAAUUAAAGAAGAAUGUAAAUCUGUAUGCUAAAACUCCCGCAGAUGGACAGAGGAGGCAGCAGCGUUCAUUCAGCUGUAAUGCAAGUGACACUUAGUGACCUUUUGCUAACUUGAAGAUAUCUGAUUUUGUAAAUUGCUCAUGCUGGGAGCCAUGCUGUGCUGAAGUGGCAAUGUGGAGCAUGCAGUGUGACAGUCGCUCUGUUUGCAGGGGUGGAAUCCAAAACCACCACGAUGAGGAUUACCUUCAAGAUAUCAAACAUAUUUGUAUAACCACUCUUUUUCCAGGCAUCUGCUUUUGCACUCUAGAAUUUAAAAAAAAAUACAAUUAGAAAUGAACUGUUGAACUGCUUAUUCAGAAUAAAGUUUUUAAGUUAGUCCCUAUGAUGAAAUUAUUUUAUACCACAUUAGUUCUAAAACUAAAUUUAAAAUGUUUUUUUUUUAACAAAAGAUAAUCAUUUACAAUAGGCAGUUUGACAUUUCAGGUUAAGUUUGAGUUUUAAGUGAGACUAUGUAACAUUUGUCAGUAUUUUAUGUGAUCAUGGAAAAUGCUAAAACAUAGUGUCACAGUAGUAGAGUAGAGUCAUCAGUGACUCUUUUUUUACAUCCAUAAUACAGCUAAAUCAAUCAUUAGUUUGCUAACAUUAGUUAACAUUAUCCACAAUAAGCUACUGGCAAUACCAGACCAAGUAAGGCAUUCCUUUGUAAGAGCAAAAUGAACAUAGUGUUGCUUUAAGUUUCCGUUUUAUGCAUUGCAUUUGUAGCCAUUAAAAACAAACAUAAGGACAAAUAACAUAAGAAUAUGAUAUGCAAAGUUAAUGCGUGGCACACAAUCAUCAAACAAGAUUAGCUUUCUAGUCAAUGCCUGUAAAGCUACUUUUUCGUUGUGUUUAGUGUUGACGGGGAAAGAAUGCUCAGCAGCAUGCUUUUGGACAUUGUAUGCUGAGCGUCCACCAUGUGCUGUGUGUGUCCAUGAAGGCGUGAAACUGUUGCACAUCAGAGAAAGGAAGAGCUAAUCCAAUAGAAAGCAAUUGGUCUUGAACGAAGCAUUUGAUUUUCCUGCUCUGGAAAAUCCAAUGCUAUCUAGAUGGCAACAAAGGUGGGGGUUUAGCUCAAUAUGGGGCUUGGCUUGUGAUUCAAAAGCAACUGAUUGUCCUAUCUGCCUCCCUGUCCUCGGCUACUGUUAGCUCCUGCUCCAUUACUUUAAAACUGUGUCAAAUGUGUAAAACAUUCACAGAGUGAAUUUGGAUUAACCAUCUUUUAUAAUGAAAUAAUUUAAUUAAGAGCCACAAAAUACUAUAACGUCCCUCUUUACUCCUUUGUCUUUUAGAUAUUUUCAACCAUAUCAGCUCAGUAACCCUCCCCUUUCUCUCUUCAUCAGUAAUUUACUCCCUAAAUUUUUCCAAACACAAGCCCCCUAAAACAUGCGAUAAAACAUGAACUGCACAUAAUCUGUCAGGAUUGGACAUGGAGGGUAACUGCCUUAGGGAAGAUUUGGUUCCCCCCUCCACCUCCACCCCUACCCCCACCUCUACCCUUCUUUUUCUCCAUCUCUUUUUGUUUUCUCUUGACUGCCUCUGUCGACUUGAUGAGUGUUCCCGAUGUUAACAAAGAUUUAAUUUAUUAUUUAAAAGACAGGGCCUACUGUUUCCCUUCUGGAGUUUGAGUUGAAUCGCUGAAUCAAAGCCCCACCUAGACUUUUUAUUAUGAUUACAAUAUUAUUAUUGCUGUUGCCAAAAUUGAUAUUUUUGGCUGAAUGUGGCUGUACUGUAGCUUAUGCGGUGAUUAACCCAGUGUUUUUAUAAACUGAAAUUUUGGGGGGUAGGGGUAUUGUUAUUGAUAUAGAGAUUAAUCUGCCAUUUGUUGUGACAUCAUUGGCAUUUACAGGUUUACCAGAUGUUUUUCGUAUAUGCUGUAUGUACACAUUUAUAGAAUCAUACCUCCAGCUGUGAGCUGAAAUGACCUCUGCUGUAUUUUGGCUCCAUGAAAAAAGAACCUGAGCCCUCACCUUGUCAACUCGGUGAGUCAUCUUUCCAGAUGCCACUGCUUUGAUUUUGGAGAAGGGUGAUGUCAGUCGACAGUCCCAUAAGCAAAAUGUUUUGUUUGAUCUGGAGCAUUUCCUCCAGGCUGCCCUACAUGUUGCUUUGGGGAGCAAUGGUGACAUUACAUGGUCUCUCAAUCAGUGUAGUUACAUGACGUAUGACAACUUAAGCAAAUCUGACAGAAUCCCUCCUCUCCCUCUGCCAGUGGGCCAAGGGACGCAGCAGAUGUAGGGACGAACAACACUCCAAGGCCCUGGGAAUGUGGUGAUGAUGUUUCAUCUUAUACAAACUGUCUAGGAUAACGAUGAAGUCCCUACCUCGACAUCAAUUCAGUU